AUGAUGCCCGGACGAAUUGGUAAUUUACCAUUGGCAGCAGAGAAUCCGUUAGGUCUUUCCUGGCACGAUUCAGCGUGGAUUCCUCUACUAAGCCCUUCAAAUAUAAUGGAUUAUUUUUCUGAACGUUCUAAUCCUUUUUUCGAUCGUACUUGCAACAAUGAAAUAGUUAAAAUGCAGCGCCUUAGUAUGGAUCAGCUUCAAAAUAUGACUGGCCUAGAAUACAUUUUAUUGCAUGUUCAAGAUCCAAUCUUGUAUGUGAUUCGUAAACAACACAGACAUAGUCCAACACAAGCCACGCCGCUUGCCGAUUAUUAUAUUAUUGCCGGUAUUGUGUAUCAGGCGCCUGAUCUAGCUAGUGUUCUAAAUUCAAGAUUGCUAUCUGCAGUUCAUCAUUUACAAUGUUCAUUUGAGGAAACUAUGUCAUACUCAAGAUAUCAUCCCAGUAAAGGAUACUGGUGGGAUUUCAAAGCCACUAAACCAGGAUUAAGUCCAUACAGUAUAGGUCAAUCCUCAACUAAGGAUGCUAGCAGCACCCCUAAAGAAGAACCCUCAACACUCUUCCAGAGACAGAGAGUUGAUAUGUUAUUGGCUGAAUUAGUCAGGCAAUUUCCUUUGCCUAUCACACAGACUACCAAUCAAUCAAAUGGUGUAACUGUAAAGAGUGAAAAUUCUACCGAUAAAAAUGCUGAGAAAACUGAGUCUAAUGUAAAUAACAUUACCAUAAAACAAGAACCUGUGGAUCCUCCCGUCUCGGAUAUGACCAAUGGAGGUCUUCAAGGACAUGCAGAAAUUAAAACUGAAAUCAAGCAAGAAAAUAUGAAACCUCCACCAGAAAAGAAACCUAGGUUAUAA